AGUCGAUUUAAAAAAAGUCAUAAUUGACUAUUCAUUAAAAAUGCAAUAAUUUAUUAGGCUAUAGAAACAAAUUUAGGUAAUAUAUACUUUUUCAGGGAUGACAAUCUUAUUUACAGUAGAAUUUGUUGACAUUUGCUGUAGGUACUCUAUUUUUUAAUUUAUGAUUUCCAAUUUAAUAUUACUAAAUAAUUAGAUCAACAGAGAAAAUAAUAAAUAAAAGCAUCGUUGAGAAAUUAGCGCUCAUUGCUUACACAAUAAUGCCACCUAAAGAUUCAAAGAAAACAACAACAACUAACAGUGUCUACGGGGAAUCUCAAUUUUCCUGUUCAACUCCUGUUACUCCUAGAAACAUUUCCCUUAAUUUGAUUCUAGAAGGAGAAGCCCCUGGCCCGGGAGACUGGACCUUCGUAGUAUUAUUUAAUGGCCAAAUAAUAAUGGACGCAAAAUGGCAAGAUGAUCUUGAAUUAACAUUGGAGUCUUUGCCUUUAGAUCUUAAGGAUACUCUUUCACAUGAAGCCAUUUUAGAUACGCCUUUAAUAUUUUUGCUUCGUCUCACUGCUGGAAAGGGCACUAAAGAACCUGAUCCGUUACUCAGUCCGGAUAAUCGAGCUGGAGGCAAUGUUGAUUUGUUUCCAUUAGUUAUAGGAGAACAAGAAGUAUUCACCAAAAUUCCAUUGAUCUUCAUUCCAACCGCUGAACCAACCGGUUGUGAGGUGACAGUACAAGCCAAAGUAAUGGGACCAUAUGAACCAGUCCAAAAAUCGUCACUUAUUCUUACUAUGGUUUCAGCCCAUUGUGUACCUUAUGCUAAAGAAGGUACAGUGUAUAUUGCUGCUAUAGGAUUAGAAGACCUCACUGAAAAUCCUGUGGUUAAUUUUGGGAUGUCGUUGAGUAGCGCAACGGCUCAUAAGAUUGUAUGGGCAUCAGCCAGUAAUGGUGGAUUCGCAGCAAAUACCGCAUAUAAUGUUGUCGAUCAAGAUAAAUACAUUCUUCAGAAUUUCGAACCUGCAGGUAAAGAUACCUGUCGUUCUAUUUAUUGGAAUGCUCUUAGGCGAGUACUUGUAGAUCCAAAGGAUUUGAAAGAUAAGUUCUCUUCUCCUUUGAUGGUCGAAGUGGCGGGAGUUCCUCGUGCUGGAAAAAUAGAUGUAAGGGGACGUUAUUUGGCAUUUAUAGAUGCGAGUGUUUUAUUAGAGCCAGGUCAGUACGAUGUAACAACGUGUGCAAAUUUAUACAAUUACUCUGAAGCUUUACUCCCUCCAAAUGCUAGCCCUUUGUUAGAUAUACCUCCAAUGAGUGCAAAGCAAACUACUCGUGAAACGGACCUAAUAAGAGAUGAACUAGGCCACUAUUCUUAUAUUACGAUUAAGUUAGAUUUGACUGAACCAAUUGUUCCAAAACUCAAGUCGUCGUUUCUUCUCGAUAUGAUUGGAUUUCCUUCACCAGAUGGUCCUAUAGCUCCUGUUUACGAGCUAGAACCUCAGCCUAUACCAGAAGAUACGACAGUUGAUGUAAGACGUAUACGUAAAGAAGGUGGCGCUUUAGCAAUCCACAGGGAAUUAAGUACUUUAGCUUGUAGAGGAGCGGUACCGAUGAACCAAGGAAUUAAGAGAACAGCUGCUAAUCGCCUCUUGUUAAGGGUAAGGACAAUGUUGAAACAAUUUCCCCCUGGAGAGUGUUUAGAGAUUGAUUGGCAUGACACUGUUACUGGUCAACAUGCUGCAAGUAGACGCGCGGUCACUGCAUCAUUUGCACCGCAGCCACCGCAUCUAAAACAACCACCUCGCGAGGCAGCGGCUAGGUCCAGGUUAGCAGGAGAUACUAGGCUUGCAGAUAAACACUUAAGAACCAAUUUGAAAAUUGCUGGAUAUCAUCCCAGAUCAUUGAUGGCCAAGUGUCUCAGAUGUCUCGAAGAAAGAAACGAUAUGGAAGCUAGAAAUUACAUUCUUGAAGCAUUGCGGGAGCAGACUACAAACCGAUACCUAUUGUGGAUUUAUGGUGCUCAAGAUUUUAAUAAAGGAUCAGACUUAGUUGAUGCAGCCUCUGCGGCUUUUCAACUUUCGAUAAAAGGAGAUACAUCUCAAGGCACCGCAAAUGCAAUAGGUUGGGCAGCAUUGCAUGCUUUACAUCAUGCUAAUGAAAAUUUUUGUGCAGCAUUUGUAGCUGUUAGGAAAAUGCGUAAGUCCUAUGAGUUGAUAAAAGAAUGGCAUAAAUUUCUUAAUCGUUGGGUAGAGACGAGUGGCGAAGAAGAAAUUUUCUGGGUUCCCUCUACCGUGGCGUAUGAAAAUCCUAUGAUGAUCGCAGCUGCUUUUUUCCUAUGUUUACGUUGCUAUGCAUUUUGUGAACGACUUUUAAAAUGUGUAGAGAUGGGUUGUGCUACGCGUGGAUCGCGGAUUAAAUGUAAUAUGACAGUUGAUAUAUAUUACAUAAGAGCUGCUUCUCUAAUUUUGCGAAAAGAGUAUGACGAGGCCUUGGAAAUGACAGAUGCGGGCAUCAAACGCUUCGGGCCUAGCUCGCAAAUGUCACAGAUGCGAACUUCUUGUUUGUUAAACACUCGUGGAUGGGAUGCUAAAUGUGAAUCCGCUCUGAUUGAGGCUGAUAAAAGCGGGGCUGAAUCUUGCCCGGCUCUUCUCCUGAAAGCUGCUAUGGGAGGAUUUAAGACUGACCCUGCAGCUGCUUUGCAGCGCGCUGCCCGAGCCCAUAAAAUAGCGCCAUGUGCUCAUUCCGCUUUGACAAUUGCCAGGAUUUAUGCUAAAAUGGAAGAAGACGGUUUAGCGGAACGUUGGGCCGCGGUAUCCGUGAAAAUGGAGCCAUAUCUAGCUGAUGGUUGGGCGUUGCUGUCCUUAUUGGCAAUGUAUCAAAGGAACCUCCAUAGAGCAAGGAGCACGCUACGCACCGCCAGACAGGUAGGAUACGUCUGUGCCGAUAUAGAAGAAGAGCUGAAGAAAGCCAAAGAUUUGGUUCAAUUGGACUCUUUGACUGAUUCUUUAGUGAAGAACGUGUGCUUUUGUGAUUAUUUUUAAAUUUUAUUACCAUUUUCGGACUAAAGUAUCUAUCUAGUUGAUAAACAGCUUUUAGCCAGAAUAAAUAGGUACACACAUUGCCAAGCUUUUUU